AUGACAAAAUUUUUGCUACCGGGACUUCCGGGCCGGGCCCGGGCCUUGAAAUUUUCCUCAGGCCCGGCCCGGGCUUUGGUGGGCCGGCCCGGAAUUUUACAAGUAUGCAUAAAAGGCAAUUUCCUCCCGACGAUUCUCUGUUUCAACGAAUAUCCAGACACCCCGUCGCUCGAAAAAUGCGUAGAAAGAAGUAUUGAUUGUUCGGAAGAAGCUGCAAGAGUCACUUCGAACAUCAAAAAUAGUGUCGAGUCAAAUGAAGGGCAGAAUCUGAUGAAAAAGGCAAGAAAAGCAUUUCCGAUACACCUAACGGAAUUAUCAAAAAGAAAGCUAAAUAAGGCACCGAAAGAACAGCUGUGCGGAUUGAAGUCGUUGAAGAGCCAAGAAGCUUGCCAACCUUGUCGUCGUUCUUAA